UCGGGCAGCGCGGGCGUUUUGCCGGGCCGCUCACUGAGCGUUGCAGGAGUCUGCGCAUUUUGCAGUGACAUCCCGCGCGUGAUGGUGCGGUGCUGUAUCGGAUAGGGGAGCGUGCAGAAGCUGCUGUGACACGAGAGUUGUUGGUGUGAAGUCGAGUAAGGUGUCAUGUGUAAGAUGGAUUCGUCUGUGCCCCAUACGGAGAAGUGAAAUCGUUCUUUUCAGUGUGGGAUGUACGGAAGUUGAUAAGUAUUGUUUCCGGAAGCAAGUGUGCUGGGAUAGGUGCCAAACUGUGCGAUUUUUUUUUCUUUUUGUGUGCGUCGUGCCUUCUGUGACGUAGUGUGACGUAGCGACACGGCGGGUAGAACUCUCUCAUUGAGCACGGACCGUAUAUGUUGAGGACACGUAGACGACGGAGAGGUUCGUCGGUGUGCACCUGCAAAUAGGUUCCCUCGAAUAAUGUCCAAGAUUCUGACGAACGUGAAGGUUGGGGCACCACUCAGUUUGACUUCCAUCUGAAUCCUCGGAGUGCUUGAGGACCUGCCGGGCAAUAUGCUCUUCUCCUGGCUUCGCAUUCAAUGGGUGGCACAGUUGUUCUUCCCCUUGCUUCACAUCGCUCAUUCAGGUGUUCCAGGGAUUAAGUUACGGGCAAUGACCACUGUAACGGAUGAUAAUCAAAGAAAUACAGUGGCAGUUGAUGUCUACGACUAUUCGUACGCUACACGAGACCGAGUGGUUCCUCAACUAACGGCCGUUGUGGAUGGUUCCGUGCUCCUGCCGUGUAACCUUUCUGUACCGCCGUCGAAUCAUGACCGGGACAAUGUGACUUUAGUGCUGUGGUCCAAGAGUGACGUGCACGGCCCCGUGUACAGCGUGGACGCCCGGAACGCCCCCUUGGAGCGCGCCAGGCACUUCCCCAGCCCAGACACAGGAGGCCGUUACGAGUUCAAUACAAGUUCCCAGCCGGCCUACCUGAGGAUAGACCCCGUCCACGCAGAAGACGCCGGGGAGUUCAAGUGCCGCGUAGACUUCCGAUGGGCUCGCACGCAGACCUACGUCAUCAUGCUGCAAGUUAUAGUGCCUCCAAAGCAAACCAUAAUCAUGGAUGAAGCAGGGAAGCCUCUGCAAGACCUCAUUGGGCCUUAUGACGAAGGGGCUCCGUUGAAGCUCAUAUGUGAAGCGGAUGGAGGGUACCCUCUGCCUGUGGUGACCUGGUGGAGAGAAACAACGCUCAUUGAUGACACCUACCACAACACCAGCGAAGGUUCUUCGCGAAACGAGGUCAUCAUACCACAUUUAGAGCGCACAGAUGCCCGUGCUGUAUUCACCUGUCAGGCAGCCAACACCAACCUUACGCUGGCAGCCUUCUCUUCCAUUGUCCUCGAUAUGAACUUGAAACCACUAGAAGCGAAGAUAACAAACAUCCCGGGGCCAUUACCAGAAGGUCACCGAGUGGAACUGACGUGCCACUCCCGAGGUUCCCAGCCGCCUGCCCGUGUCACCUGGUGGAAGGGUAACGAACAACUGAUCCGCACUGUGGACAAGAUGGACGCCUUCGGAAACGCCAGCAGCAGCACGCUCAUAUUUGUGCCUAGCGCGGAAGACGAUGAGAAAUUACUCACUUGUAAAGCGGACAAUCCCCAACUGCCCGACAGCACCGUGGAGGACUCCAUUUUCCUCUCCGUCACCUAUGUGCCAAAAUUAUCGCUUAGUGUGACGUCCUUGCAUAAGAACGGCGCCAUCCUCGAAGGCACGGAUGUCCUCCUAGAAUGCACCGUUCAGGCCAACCCUACAGUGCGGGAAGUGUGGUGGAAGCACAACGGGCGACUUCUAGACCCGAGCCAGGAGUCAUCGCUGGACGUCAUCUUUGGGAACCAGUCACUGAAGCUGCUGCGCAUCAAGAGGUCUCAAGCGGGAGUAUACCAGUGCCUUGCGAGCAACACGCAGGGACAGGGAGAGAGCAACGAGCUCCAACUAAGGAUACGUUUCACGCCAGUAUGCCGCGAGGGACAGAAGACUAUCUAUGGCGUAGCCAGAGAUGAGGCUGCAAGAGUAUCCUGUGAGCUAGAAGCAGAUCCCCCUGACGUACACUUUCAAUGGAGGUUCAACAACACGUUCGAGGAACGCCACUUGACGGCGCUAUCCGUUGACCAGGGACUGCGUAGUGUGGCUUCAUACAUUCCUCGAACCCGCAACGAUUACGGCACAUUGUACUGCUGGGGCAAGAACAAUGUCGGAACACAGGUCAAGCCGUGUGUCUUCACCAUCAUGGCCGCUGGACCACCCGAACCGCUAAGCAACUGCAACGUAGUGAAUGCCACAGAAGACUCGCUCAAGGUUGAAUGCGAUCCUGGGUAUGAUGGUGGACUAGAACAGACGUUUCAUCUGGAAGUGAUUGACAGCUUGAGCAGUGAAACGAUGGUGAGUCAAAUGCAGAAGGAUCGACCAACCUUCUUCGUGCGUAGUCUUCCGCCUGGAACGGAGUACAUCCUGCGCGUUUUCUCUCAAAACGCCAAGGGCCGCAGCGACAGCGACGUCUUCACUGCCGCGACGGCCGAAGCCAGGAGCAACUCUGAUGGUGACCUUAUUGGUCUUGCUAUGAGUCCCCUGCUUGGCGUCUUGAUCGGAGGAGUUGGGGCACUGAUACUGGUUGCUAUCAUCAUCGCUAUCAUUAUGCGCAUGCGCACGGGAGACCACGACACAGGAUCCCAACAACCCAGUCCAACAGAAAAAUCGCAGACGCUGUUGCGUAAAGGCAUGACAGAAGACACGAGCGAGGGCGACAUUAAGGACCCCGAUAUCAUACCGCCCAAGACGGAUUUCGAAGAUCUUCCUGGGACAGAUCCCGAGUGGGUUUUUCGGCAACUGAACGGCUCCAAUGGCGGCAGAAUCUGUCCAGACGCUGGAGGCACGAAAGGCGGCAUGAUGUACGGGACGCUCCCUAACGUCAAAGUACAGAUCCCUCAACAGUUUCGAGACGAUACCAUGUAUCGAGAACGGUAUCCCCUGGGCACCAGCAGAGAAUUCGACAGUCCGGUGGGAAGAUACAGGGGCUCGUUUCGUCCGCCGGGUACGAUGCCAGACCCCGACGAGCUGGACCGCAUGAUUUCCUCAAACACACCGCUGGUCAACAACGGACCUAUGCUGCGUAGGAGCCCUCAGAUCCGUGAUACGCCCGAGCGUGAACGGCGUGCCAUAUCAACUCCCGUUUGACAAGAGGCGUACCUCGGGGCGGUGCCCGCCACUGCUGAGCGGUCCUUCGCUUCACCGAGGAACCCAGUAGGCUCGUCGGGCCACAGCCACCACUACCGCCGGAACAACUGUGCCUUCACUGCGCCUCACAGACAGUGCAGCGACCCCAACGCCUCACGACGGGGCAGUGUGUCUUCCACAGAAUCCUUCGCGUCCUGGACAGCGGGACAGAGUUCGCAGUAUUCUCCUCCGGCACAUGAUGCCAUGGAAAUGCGUCGACCUUUAGCUUCGGCAACACUUCCUCGACGUCCUCCCCUCAGACGUCACGCCUCGGUAGAUGAGUGUGAGGGCCCGCGCUACGAAAACACAUCCUUCCUUAGACAACUCCAGCUGAGUAGGUACGACGACGACACGUUACGACGUCACGGUGUUUUCACUUGCCGUGUGUGAAUUUUACGUGGCGGAGCAGUGUAUAAAACAGUGUAGAAUUUC